GACGCCGUACAUUUGUGAACAUUUGUGAAAGGAUCCCACAAAUGCACAAGGCGAACCCAAGAGUCUGGGUUCACGAGGAACCCAGCUCACGGGUUCACACCCAACAGCUUGGGUUCCUCGCAAACCCAGCUCGUGGGUUCGCACCCAGGAGCCUGGGUUCGCGAGGUGCGAACCCACACUCUGGGUUCGUGAGGAACCCAGCUAGCGGGUUCGCACCCAGCGUCUUGGGUUCCUCGCGAACCCAGCUCGUGGGUUCGCACCUAAGAGCCUGGGUUCGCAACCAGCUUGCGGGUUCGCACCCAGGAGCUGGCCUCCUCACUGCCGCCAAUUACAACAACCUCGGCCAGUGCGAGACCCUCGACGACAUCAAGAUGCACCUUUCCGCUACUGAAUACGGGCCUUAUCUCCAGAAUGUGCACGAUCAUGAAUUGAGUAUUGAGCUGAGUGUGAUGAGGUCGAAUGGUGUUUAAUUGUAGCAGGAGAGAGUUAUGCCUGAUGUAAUUCGAUGUUUUGUGUUUUUUCUGGAUAUGUAAUGCCCUGUUUGUUCGUUAUGGCUGCCUUUUAGGUUUUGCGAACUCAGGCUCUUAGGUUUGCCUAGAGGUAAAAGAAAAAAAAAAGAAAAAAAAAGGUUGGAGGAAGGAGAAGCCGGGAAAGAAGAUGAGGGUAUUUCAGUAAUUAAAAUUAAAAUUUUGCA